GCAGCAGGUUUCUUGUUGACGUUCUCACUUAACUUUUUAAAGGCUUCUGAAGUUCAUGACAAACGUGCUUUGACUGAAAUGAAUUUUCCAGACUACGAUGAUAAAACGGCGUUUCUGGGCGACUGGGGACCUUUUCAAAAGACUGUAUUUACUCUUCUGUGCUUGAGUGUUAUUCCUAACGGAUUCAACGGUUUCACGAUGGUUUUUGUAGGCGAUACUCCCGCUCAUUAUUGCCUGAUUCCCGCGGAUCUCAACAUCACGGAUGAAUGGAGGCAAGCGUCUAUCGCUCCAGACGAGAAUGCCGGAGAUUCUCGAGUCAGUAAAUGCUCAAGACACAGACUGGAUAUCAUACAAAACUAUUCGGACCGAGGGUUGAAUCCCUGGGUGGAUGUGAAUGUCUCCACUAUUCCCAGAGAAAACUGCUUAGACGGGUGGGAGUAUGACAGAAGCACGUACAUCUCCACGAUUGUUUCAGAGUGGGAUUUGGUGUGUUCAGAUGACUGGAAAGCUCCACUGACCACAUCAAUCUUUUUCUUGGGAGUUUUGACGGGUUCUGUGAUGUCUGGACUGUUUUCUGACAGGUUUGGCAGGAAAAUUGUGCUCUUUGUUACCAUGGGGAUUCAGACAGUAUUUACCCUAAUUCAAGUCUUCUCUCCAUCUUGGUUGAUCUUCUGUUUGUUGUUUUUCAUCGUUGGAAUAGGAGAAAUUUCUAACUAUGUGUCAGCAUUCGUUUUAGGAAUGGAGAUAUUCAGUGGAUCAGUUCGGAACAUGUUCUCCACUCUUGGUGUGUGCUUUUUCUUCUCUGUUGGGUAUAUGAUACUUCCAUUGGCUGCAUACUUCCUACGAGACUGGAGAAUGCUACUUACUGUUCUUACCAUUCCUGGUUUCUUCUACAUACCCCUUUGGUGGUUUAUUCCAGAGUCUCCACGGUGGUUGCUGUCUCAGGGGAGGGUUAAAGAAGCUGAGGCAAUUCUGAGAAAGGCUGCUAAGAUGAAUGGAGUUCAGGCUCCUGAUGUCAUUUUCCCCCAAUUCCAGUCAAUGGAAAAUACUGAAAAAUUGCAGACCCACAAUCUCUUUCACCUGGUAAAGUUCACCAACAUCCGCUGCAUUACUGUCCUGCUGUGCAUGGUCUGGUUAACUGUUACCAUUGGAUACUAUGCUUUAGCUCUGAACACAUCCAAUCUACAUGGGAACAUCUAUGUAAAUAGUCUGUUAUCAGCAGUUGUGGAAGUUCCUGCUCUCAUCAUGGCCUGGCUGAUGUUUCGCUGCUGUCCGAGGCGUCUCUGCUUGUCUUCUACACUUUCAUUUGGAGGACUCGUUCUUCUUAUUAUACACUUCAUACCAGAAGAUAUGAAUACUGUUUCCAUUUCGUUGGUGAUGUUGGGAAAGUUUGGCCUGUCAGCAGCCUUUUCAAUCGCCUACCCUGCAAGUGCCGAGCUUUACCCCACCGUUCUGAGGAACUCUGCAUUAGGAGUCUGCUCAAUGGCUUCCAGAGUGGGCUCCAUUACGGCACCAUACUUCAUCUACUUAGGAAGCUACUACAGAUCUCUGCCUUACAUCUUAAUUGGCAGCCUAAAUGUUUUCUCAGGGUUGCUAUGUCUUCUUCUUCCAGAAAGUUUAGGAUGUCCUCUACCCGAGGCUAUCAGUCACAUGCAAAGAGUAGUUGGAUUUAAAAAAAGACAUCCUCGUAGUUCAUUGUAGUUCAUCACACAAAUGUGAAGAGGAAAGCUAAUCUAAAAAGUUGACUUACACUUUUUACAUUCCAAAUGCACAUGGGCAUUCAUUGUAUUCCCAUACAUAAGUCAGUUUAGGUCAAUUAAAAUAUUAUUUAUUUGUAAACAAAUGUAUUUUAGUUUUACUAAAGAAAUGUAUCUUGUUUAGGUUGUAAAUGCAGUGAGUGUGAAGUGACUUAGAUUAAUAAGUGAAAUUUUAAUUUGUGUCUUAAACCCAUAGGCAUUCAUUGAAUGAUCAUAAAUUGGUUAUUUUAGGUCAAUUAAAAUAUUACACAUUUAUAAACUGAUGUAUUUUAGUUUUUUUUUUUUUUUUUUAUGAAUGUAACUUGUUUGAGUUGUACAUGAAAUGAGAGAGAAGUGAUGCAAAAAGUGAUUUUUGUCUAAAUUUGUGUGUUGUGAUUGGGUAAUACGAGGUUUGGUAAAAGCUGUUGAGGGCAUUAUACACAGGUGUUUUCAAACACCAUGGUGCUUCCUUUAGAUUCCCUCACGCGUAAGCAUGUAGUUAAAAUAGUGUCGAUGGGUAGUGUAGAGGAAUGUAGCUUAGCAGUUGGAAAUGUGAUUGGACAAAAUGUGUUUUCGCUGCUUCAAAAAUGAAUUAUGCAAUCGUAAUUUUUUUGAGUACGGUAGAAAAGGCAACUGAGGUAGUAGAGAAAGGCAUUGUAUUGUGGGGAUUGUUUGUACUUGAACUUUCCCUUUCUAUACCAGCUAAGAAAGUUACAUUGUCAAAUGUUCCACCUUUUAUUAAAGAUGAAGUUUUAGCAAGAGCGCUUUCACGCUUGGCAAACUUGUUUAACCCGUUAAAAAGUUUGCAAUUAGUUGUAAAUCUGAACUAUUGAAACAUGUUGGUUUUUUAGGAGGUUUACUUACAUGAUUUUAAAUAACAGGAACGAACUUGAUCUGAAUUUGAAAUUCAGAAUUAGAGAUCGAUCUAUAUAUCUGUUUUCCGAUAUUUUCCCCGAUAUUUGAGCAUUUUCCGAUGAUCGGAUAUUGGUUUUGUAAUAUCGGAUUGACCGAUAAACGAGAGAAUUGAGAAUUGCGCGCUGGACGCAUCUGAGGAGAGGAGCUCACAGCAACAGCAGCGUGCACAGCAAAUAAGGCUGAGUGACGCGACUUCAUUAAAAGGUCUUUGAGUAUACUUCGCAUAUUUGGAGGCAUUUAUCAUCUUAUUUGUGCAUUAAUGUAUGUUAUGUUAAAUAAGUGGAUUUAUUAAAAGCAAUGUAUGCAGCUUGUCCUAGAGACGAACUCACAGAGUCACGCUGAUCCAUAAAAUCCGGUCCCAAUAACGACGUAGCUUUGCAUGAAUAAAACAGCCAUGAAUUAAUGCUUGGUGGAAUUAAAAACGCUAAAUUAAAUUCGUUUUUCUGUUAUUUAUGCUUAUCAUUAGCAUCGUAAAAUCACGUUCAUAUUGCUGUUCAACCGGGGUUGAAGGCUGAAGCACAGCCACCACAUAGCUAGCUUUUAACAAGAUUUAUCCUAAGUUAUAUUAACAUUUACCAGAUAAACAUUGUUUUGCUAAAAUAUCUAAAUAAAUGUCUGUGGAUAUUAAUUAAUUAUUUAUUACCUCUGCAAGCGGUCACAGUCUGAUUUGGGUUUCUAUGGCUAAUCUUAUUCAUUACAAUGGUUGAUUUCCACAUUGCUGCCUUAUGUGAAUGGAGCCAGAGAUUAGAAAUAUGAGUUAAUGAGACAGAAAAAAAAUGUUUUAUUUAUGCAAGAAACCCAUAGUGAUGAUAAGAAUGCUGUUGAAUGGCUUAAAGAAUGGAAUGGAAUGGAAGAAUUUUAAAAGUGAUUGCGAAUUUUGAAACGUAUGUAUUAAAUGUUUUUUUUUUAGAUUUUCUUUGUAAAACUUUGGAAGAGUACAAAAAUGAAGAACAUUUGUUUUUGGGUGGUGAUUUUAACUGUGCUGUAAGUAGUCUAGACAGAAAUCAUAUUGAGCCACAUAUGCCAUCACGCAGAAAGCUUAUUCAAAUGAUUGAAAUGCAUGAUCUGUGUGGUGUGUGGAGACAUUUCAACAAAGAUGUUAGACAAUAUACAUGGGUACAUGCACGGGAUAAUUUGUUAUCAUUAGCAAGGUUAGACAAGCUUUAUGUUUAAUAGGAUAUGUAUUUUCUAUUAAUUCUGUUAAACCAAACAGUGCCUACUGUCAUUUUAUAUUUUCAAAUAAAUUUUGUGUUGUUUCUGGAUUAAUUUUAAAAAGGAAAAGAAGAAUUGUCAGUCGUAAAAGAAUUUGUGGGAUUUUGGAAAAAAUCAAAUUAAGCAAUUGUGUCAACAAAACACCCUGAAUGUCACUAAAGAAUUGGCCAGAUCUGUUCAGAUUUUAGAGACUGGAAUUAUGAGAAUUCAACAUUUAACACAGAUGGGAAAUCAAGCCUUAUUGUUGACUUUAAAGUUUAAAAAAAUCAGCUUUAUCUGAUCUGUUGGGUUUAAAAGCACAAGGAGCAUUAAUAAGAGCACGUUUUCAAAACUCUAAUGAGAUGGAUGCUUUAUCAAAAAUUUUCUUUCGAUUAGAAAAGAAAAAUGGCCAGCGAUGUUAAAUUAAUGUUUUAAAAUCUGAAAGUGGGGUUUUAAUUUCAGACCCAAUUGAGAUGAGUAAGAGAGCAGUCAAUUUUUAUGAAAAAUUGUAUAAAAAGAGUCAAAAGAAGAUGAAUUUGUUGAACAAUGUUUUUUAAGAAAGAUCUUGAUAAACCCAUAAUAUUGGAAGAGCUGUAUGAUAAUCUCCAAAAUAUGGAAUGUGGAAGAGUUCCUGGAAUCGAUGGAAUUCCAGUUGAAUUUUAUAAGUCUUACUGGAAUAUAAUGGGAGAAGAUUUAUUGGAAGUUCUGAACAACAGUUUAAAGGUAGGGUAACAGAUUUGAUCCUGAAAAUUUUUUAGUUAUGCUGGUUAAAAGUCUCCUCACAUCCUAUUAGCAAUCACUAUGUUAAGUUGUUUAAAUGUAUUAGUAGAAAAGUAUUAGUAGGACCAAAAAAUGUUCAACAAAUCAUAGAUUUCAGUCUGAAUGGAUGUUUCCUUUUUUGUCCCUCAUACGUAAGCGUAAUUUGAAUGCCCACCGCGCAGCGAGUUCACGCAGACACCAUACAUCAGUGUUCUUCACUCCCAGUCCUGGAGAGCCGGUGUCCUGCAGAGUUUAGCUCCAACCUUAAUC